AUGUUUAGUCGUCGACAUGAUACAUCAAAUGUAUCAUCUUCUACUACUAGUAUUCAAAUAGCAUUUGAAACUGAUCCAACUCCACAUAAUUGUGGUUAUUGUAAUACAGAUGGAAGUUGUACAGCAGGUAUAGUUGCUUCGGCUAUACUAGUUGAUGAUUAUCAGAUAUUAAUGGAUCGUGGUUGGAGAAAGUGCGGAACAUAUUAUUAUAAAGCAUUAAUGAACAAAACUUGUUGUCCACUUUAUACAAUUCGAUGCGAUGCGAAUAAUUUUGUACUAUCUCGUUCUCAACGACGUGUUAUUGAAACAAUGAAUCAUUUUAUUAAUGAAAAUGUAAAACCCAAUGAAAAAAUGGAAAAAGUAUCUGCUAUUAAACUACCUCCAACUACUAAUUCCGAUCCUUCAAAAAUAAACAAAAAGAAACAAAACAAAUCAAUUCCUGUUCAAUUGAAAUCUUCAACAUUUAAUAAACAAGUAACUCUUAAUGAUUGGAUUACAAAGGAAUCAAAUACAAAUGCAAUUCAAUUAAUUCGUCAUAUGUUAACAAAUGAUACACCUCCACCUGAUGAUCUUCUUAAACGUUUACGAUCUCGUCAAAAACGUUGGUAUAAAAAAUUAUUAAAACUUAAAACACAAAAUAAACUUUCAAAAGAAACUGAUAUUCAUUUGCUUAUUAAACGAUUUAAUCGAAUGAAUUCGAGUUUAAUUCCUUCACUCGAAGAAUUAUUACAAUUCAAUGAUAAACCAGAAAAUAAAUUAGAAUUUCGUCUUAUUCGUUCAUAUCCACCAUCAGAUGAAUUUAAAAAUACAUUAACAGAAUCUCAUUCUAUUUAUGAACGUUAUCAAAUGGCAAUACAUGGUGAUUCAAAAUCUAAAUGUUCAUUAUCACAAUUCAAAGGUUUUCUUUGUGAAUCAUCAUUACAAAAGGAUUGUCCUCGAAUAUCAACAUCAAAUGUUCCUUCAUGUGGUUAUGGAUGUUUUCAUUUGCAAUAUUAUUUAAAUGGAAAGAUCAUUGCUUGUAAUGUUUUGGAUAUUCUUCCAAAUGGAAUUUCAUCGGUUUAUUUUUAUUAUGAACCUGAAUUAGGUUUUCUUAAACUUGGAGUUUAUUCAGCAUUAAAAGAAAUUGAAUUGACACGAAAAUUAGCUCGUGAAAUACCGGAUCUAAAAUAUUAUUAUCUUGGUUUUUAUGUACAUACAUGUGUAAAAAUGCGUUAUAAAGGUCAAUAUAAACCAUCAUUUCUUCUCUGUCCGGAAACAUAUACUUGGCAUCCAAUAGAAAAAUGUAUACCAUUAUUAAAUGCUCAUAAAUAUGCUCGGUUUGAAACAGAUCCAACGAAAGUUGAUCAAGAUGAAGAAACUAAUAUUGAACAACUUAAAUUACGUGUGCAUCAACAAAUAAUCACACCAAUACAGUUACAACGAUUAGAUGAAAACUAUUUCUUUUAUAUCUUAGAUCGUUUUACAAUGUUCGCAAAAUUUGUCGGACGAAUUUUUGCAAAUCGUAUAAUUAUUGACUUAACUUAA